CCAGGAGAGCCCGAGAAAGGAAAUCUCGCGAGGUUGGGGCGCUCACAGAGCACUUAUCAGAGGCGGCCAGCGGAGAGUCUCUGGAGCCGGUGAUGGGGUUGGCUUCGCCGCGUUCGCCUCUGCUCUUUGGCUACCUCUGUCCGGCUCUGCGUCUGCUUGCUGAAGAAGCUGAACGAGUGCUUGGGGUCUUUUCCCUAUAGGUCUCCGUUGACAGAGGCUUUGAGACUUAAUUUCCACGUUUGACGGCUGCGAGGGCUUGAGACCGGAGGCUCCUUCCAUGAAGAUGACAGCCUAGGAAGAAUUCAUCAGGUCUUCUCCAAUUAAUCUGUGUCUGAGGAUUCUGAAAGCAUAGGCGCUCCUUUAGAAAUGAGCUGCACCAUUGAGAAGGCACUCGCUGAUGCUAAAGCUCUUGUUGAAAGAUUGAGGGACCACGACGAUGCAGCAGAAUCUCUUAUCGAGCAAACCACUGCUCUCAACAAGCGAGUAGAAGCCAUGAAACAGUACCAGGAAGAAAUUCAAGAACUUAAUGAAGUUGCAAGACACCGACCACGGUCCACACUAGUUAUGGGAAUCCAGCAAGAAAACAGACAGAUCAGAGAACUACAACAAGAGAACAAAGAAUUGCGUACAUCCCUGGAAGAACAUCAGUCUGCUUUGGAACUUAUAAUGAGCAAGUAUCGAGAACAAAUGUUCAGACUGCUAAUGGCAAGCAAAAAAGAUGAUCCAGGUAUAAUAAUGAAGCUAAAAGAGCAACACUCCAAGAUUGACAUGGUACAUCGUAACACCUCCGAAGGAUUCUUCCUUGAUGCAUCUCGACACAUCCUUGAAGCACCUCAACAUGGACUGGAGAGGAAGCACUUGGAAGCAAAUCAGAAUGAAUUACAAGCACAUGUUGACCAAAUAACUGAAAUGGCAGCAGUAAUGAAGAAAGCCAUUGAAAUUGAUGAACAGCAGGGUUGCAAGGAACAGGAACGAAUAUUUCAACUUGAACAAGAAAACAAAGGCUUGAGAGAGAUCCUUCAAAUAACUCGAGAAUCAUUUUUGAACCUUAGAAAAGAUGAUGUUUCGGAAAGUACAUCUUUGUCAGCAUUAGUGACGAAUAGUGACCUGAGUCUGAGGAAGAGCUGAAGAGCUUCUCUUAAAUUGCUCCAAAUGGUCACUGGGACUGGCCUGCUCAAUGAAUGGAUUGAGUAACAGAACAAUCAAUCUCAGUCAACCCUUUUAUUUUAUGUAUAUAUAUAUAUACACACACACACACACACACACACAAUGUACAGUACACUGGCAAUGACAUUUUUAAGAGACAGCAACAAAAAAUGCAUAUUUACUGGUCAUUGACUUUAUUCCAAAACAUAAUUAAAAGGUAGAAAUUAAGCCAUUUACAAUUGAACAGAUGAAGGAUUUUCACAGUGACUGUUGAAUAUAGAGAGCUUUCAGUGGUGCUCUUGGCUAGUUCUGGAUGAUACUUGAGUAAACUUGAAUAUUUCCAAUAAGUGCUUGAGAAUUUAUAGAAGUAUUCCAUUUUAAAAACACAAAUUUAUGCCAUAGCUCUCUGUGAAUAGAUCCUCAUACUAAGUUUUAUCCUUCCUGUUUGGUAUCAGAGUUAACAAAUGGCUUGUGUACUAUAAGACUUCAGCUUUAGUGAUCGUCUGUCCGCCUUCCCAUUAAUUAAAAUUUUUGUCAAAGAAAAUUGUUUUAAAGUCUUCAAGAAUGUUUUAUACUCACCAUAAACAAGUGAUUUAAUUUUAGCUAAUUUACCCUAAUUGAUAAAAAUAAAACUAGGAUACUUACCCUAAUUUUAGCUAAUUUACCCUAAAUGAUACCCUAAUUUUAGCUAAUUUACCCUAAUUGAUAGUGUAUGAAAUAUUUCAGGAAAUGAAAAGAGAAGGACUACUACUUUCUAAGAAAGAUCUUUUAAGAGACAUAUUUAGUAGGUUAAACUACUCUGAAAGAAAAAGUUUUGAUUCUAAGUCAAUAAUGAAGAUGAGAUUUUUCUCUUCUCUGGUUGAUCUUUAAGGUUAUAUGUAGUUCAUUUAGCUAACAGAGUUCAGAUGUUUGAUAUAGCAUGCUAAGUGUGGUAAUUUCAGAGUACACUGGGAAUUCCUCUGGCAUUUACUCUUUUUUAAGUAAUUUCUCUUAAGAAAUAGUAACAGUAAAAAGUAAAUUAUAAUUUCAAAAAAAUUUGGGUCCUCAUAACCUGUAAGAUUUUUCUUAAAACUUUUUUAGUCAAAAGGGGAGAGAAAUCUAUGGAUUUGUUUUGUUUUGUUUUUACAAAAUAUCAAAUAUUCUGUAUAUAAAUUUUUAAAAGGCCACCAAAUACAGAAAUGUGCUUUAACAUCAGUUGAAACCUAAAGUUUUCUUUUUUGUGUGAUGAUUGUAGAAUAAGUGUCAAAUAAGCUUAAGUAUACUGUAUUUUUAUGCAAAUAACACAAGCCUUCUAUGUUUGCUAACCGUGCCCUCCCCCCAAGAAGAAUUUUCAUAAACACGCUAUGCAAAUUUUUCUUUUACAACAACAUGUAAAAAAAAUUGGCAUAGCAGCACUUAUGAAAAUACGGGGGGGGGUAGGGUGUGGUUGGUAAACACAUGUAGAAGGAGUGCAUCGUUUGCAUAACAAUACAGCAUUCGUUUGCAUUAAAUAUUCAUAUUAGCACAAACAGAAAAUUCUGCCUUUGAAUGUAUAGUUUGUUAAAGAAGUAUGCCUUCACAUGAUAAUUUUUAUGUAUAAUUUCAUAUAUUGCUAAUAUUCAAAGCUACUUUUCACUUCAGAAUUUUUCUAAAGUUUGGGGGAAAAGGGGCGACAGGGUUGCUUGCAUAGAAAAAGGCUAAUGGCCCAAACAUUAAACAGGUUUCUUAUUCAGAGACCUUAAUUGGUAAUUUAUAAAAAAGUGAGUUUUUAUUUUUAAACUUUUCUAUUGCCUUUUUGGAAAAUAUCCCUUAAUUUGACGUCAAUUCAUUCAAAUAGUUUAACACAAGUAAAAAUUAAAGAAAAUUAGCUACACAGUUGAGAUUCAGUCUGAGGCAAUUCACUGAGGCAGCUCUAUUAUAAAAUAUUACUUGAUAAUUAUUUUUGUAAGCAAAUUAAGUAGAGUUAAUUUAUUCUUGGUUUUCUUGCUUGGAUGUAAUUUUUAAGGUCUUGGCGUUUUAAAGACAUUUAUUUUGUUAUGUAGCAACAGUUUUCCAUCCCAUACCUUUUGUUUUUAUUUGAAGUUAAAUUUAUGUCCGGGAGUAUGUACUGCACAAGAGUCUAUUUUAUCAAUAAAGAUGAGUGAUUAAAAUGUA